UAGCUGAUUCCCCCGAGGCAAGUGCGCCGACACCCAUGAUGGCUCAGAGCUCGAACUUGACAAAGGACUAUCGCAUAGCAGGGCCGGUGGAACAAGAAUUCACAUUUCCUGCGAAAUCUGCUCCUUUCAGUAACUGCCAUGCUUCAACCAUUGUCGAGGUUAACAAAAAUCACUUUUUGGUUGCUUAUUUUGGAGGUACAAAAGAGGGGGCACCUGAUGUUAAAAUAUGGUUGCAGAGAUACCAGAAUGGGCAGUGGCAUUCGCCGAUAAUCGCCGAUGAACAAGAAGAUGUUCCAAUGUGGAAUCCUGUCUUAUACAAACUUCCAUCAGGGGAGCUGUUGCUGUUCUACAAGAUAGGGCUAGAUUUUCAAAGAUGGAGCGGAUGCUUGAAAAGAUCUUAUAACCAAGGUGUCAGCUGGUCUGAACGAGAACAACUUCCACCAGGUAUAUUUGGACCAAGCAAGAAUAAGCCUAUCUUGCUUGAUAACGGGCUCUUACUAUGUGGAUCCUCGGUGGAAAGUUGGAAUUCUUGGGGUGCGUGGAUGGAGGUCAGACCUUUAAUCUCCCAUAUCUACGAGAUCCCAGUAAAUCACUCCAGAUGCCGGUAG